CUCUCCUCUUCUGACUCGCUUUAGUUCGCUGCUAGUGGCUACUAUCAGGCCCAAGACUGGCACUAUUCACACGUGCACAACGCUAUACUGGGUCCAUUCGGGGAACUAAUGACGGAGGACGACCUCAUCCGCAUUGAGAGGCAGAUCGAAAACCUGCAGGUCAUGCACAAAGUGACGGAGGUGGAGAAAGAGCUGGAACAACUGGAGCGAGAGUUGAAGCAACUCCUCCCCGUGUCAGCGGCCCUGAAUCAAGACCACUUCUCUGUCAACCCCAAACAAGUUCACGGGCAAGCAGAGGACUUGCCCUCCUGGUGCAGCAAGAUCUCCACGCUGCUCAAAAGCAUGGCCAUCCUCCUGGCCACUCUGGGGGGUAAGGAGGUCGACCUUCUGGAGAUGAUCAAUCAAGGAUAUACGUACGAGGGUCUGAAAAGCGGAACGGGUCGGUCGGAGAUGUCCAAUUCCGGGAGCAUCGGCCGAUCGCAAUCUUUCUCCACUCGAGAGGAUGUGGAAAAGGAGAUCAAGCAGUGCGGCGUGUCGGUAAAGAACCUGAAAGCCAAUUAUGAAGUUCAUAGCCACGAGGAUGACCAAAUGAACCGCACAUACAAGCGUACCAGGUCCUUGCCAGUGGUCGGCGAAUGCAGUUACCCAGCAGAACCCCUUCUGGAGGAUGACCUGUUGCUCUCUCUAAGCGAAAGCCACUAUCAAGAAGGAGAUGGGCAGCAAGAUUCAAGUUUACCCCUAGUGAAUGAAGAACCUAUAAUACCGUCCCACGCCACUUUGUCGUACAGCGAGCCUGCUGAAAGUAUUGAACCGUCAUUCUCGGACUGUCCUGACCUCCCUGCAAAUCGCGCACCAAACUCAGAGCAACUCACGCGCAGCCUGGAGGUGCAAACAGACCUGAGCUAUGUUCAGGAGUGCAUCGAAAUGCGAAAGGAGAGGAUUGUGUUUCUGUUCCUGGAACACUGGAGGAAGUACACUAUUAGCGAGUCCUACAAGUGUGCGGGGAGAGGGAAGACCCUGAGUGUUGAAACGAACGAUUCCCAUUCCCUGUAUUACCACAGCUUAGCCGAAUCAGACGGUAGCACGCAAACGACCGAGGACGAUCAGCUGCUGCAUUUCAUGAAACAGAGACAGGUGGUGGGAAAUCUUCUCGGCCACUGGAGGACCAUCAUGAGCCAGGUGCCCACACGGCAAAUCCGUCGACUCAGCCGCGCUCACAUGAUGUACUGGCCCGAGCACUUCCUUCCACACAUCAACGGGUCACCCGUUCAAUAUGACAGUCUAACCCUUGACCUCUUCAUGCUGGGCUACUUCCAACUGCUUGAGAUGAACAUGUCCCGCGGAGAACGCAAGUUUCGCCACUUACUCUGCUACGAGAUGUUUGACCGGCUCGGCAGCCACCCAUGGGAAGUGAUCCGCCAGUUCCACCGAGAGGUGAUGGAGAGCAUUGAGAGAGGGAAACGCGAUUGGUCGGAUGGUUUUGAAGAUAUAAAGGUAAAGCAUUUUGGCGACUCUGUCGAAGGCGGAGGAUUGCUGGAGGCGGCUGAGCUCAUUCUACCUCCGGAUGUUCUGCAGGCAUCUAUGAACACAUCACAGAUGGCUCCACCUGAUGCCAACCCCUCAAGUUCUUCACGGCCAGCAGUCUCCAGCGAACAUACCAAUGAGGGUUCUUUACCGGCCACCCAACAGUGUUCCUCCCCAGCUGAGAACAUGGCAAACAAUGCGUCGCUACAGAAGAGCAGUACUGAAGCACAGGAUUCACCGCAACCAGAAAACACCACCACUCAGCCAACCAUAACAGCUGAUAGUCUUCAGCUCCAACCCACCGGCGCUCACACCAGAGAGGAGCCCGAUGAAGACUCCAUCAAGCUUAUCUAUGAACUUAAAGAGUUCAGCAAUGAGGAGAUCAUCAGAUACAUCGAUCGAAGCUUUGCCUUCUGGAAAGAGAAGGAAGCAGAGAUGUUUGACAUCUGACCGAGUGGCUCAACUGCUUUGAAGGAUGAAGCACAAUGAGCAGGUGAUAGAGUUGCAUGCCUCGUGUUAAGCAGAUCAGCAAACAAAAAAGAUUUGUUUGUGUGGUCAGGGAGGCAAAAACGUCAAUGCUGCAUGCAAACAAUUGAGCGCUGUCAGCAUAUACUGAACGGAAGAGAAACUAAUAAAGGCUUAAAAGAUGCAAAUGUAGAUAUGAAAGCUUUCUUUCCAUAUUUAACAGAAACAUUCUGGGUUGUCAGACCUCACAACAGUUAAGCGAUGUCAGUGGCACUUCAUGGUACAUGAUGCAGUGUGUGAGCGUUCACAUCAUCGGUCCAGCAGAACUGAAGUGUACACUUUCAAAUCAACAACAGUUCAUAGUCAGCCCAUACGUCUAACAACAGAUGGAUUGUGUUUAGAUGUUAUGUUAAACCGGUUCAUUAACUGAAGUCAUUUGCAUGUAGUUGUUUUGUUCUUGAACUUGUGUAACAAAAGAGAAGUGCGGUCAUCACAUGUAGGUCAGGACGAGAGGAAUCGUGCGGGUGCUUUUAUUCAGACGAGCGCUUGUCAUAUGUUUUCAUUAAAUGCUUUACUUGUGUGUAGCCAUUCCAAAAGUUUAUCUCUUAUAGUUUGAUCUUUUUUGUGGAUUUUAAAAAGCAGAUGCGGGUUUUUUAUUGCCAUUCAUAUUCAUACCAGCUUUUUUACUCUUAACAUGGACAUUUAUGAUGUUUAUCUGGCAUAGUUGUUUCACAUAGCCACGUUUGAAGUGUUUGUUUGUUUUGAAGUAUUGCUGAAAGUAAAUAAAU